CUUUGCCUUGCUGACGUAAGGCUACUAGCUUGUGUAACAGCGACCAUGAUGUCCAGUACGAAGGAGGGUGCGUCCGGUGCGACUGUGCAACCAGUUCCAGGCAUUACAGUGUACGACAGCGAAGUGUUGGAACCAGAGCCAGUUCGUCCAGGCGGACUCGUACAGGAUGACAAGAGACACACUUUCCGUCAACCUGCGAAGCCAAUAGAGCCACCAACGCCACGCGGCUCGCUUCUUGGUCUCGACCAGCUUGCGAGAGAAAAAAGGGAGCAGCAAGCAUCCGAGAAUGGACCCAGGAAGAAACCGAGGACAAACGACGAUGCUGUGUUCAAAGUACCGAGUUUGCCAACCUCCAGAGCCAAUACUACUAGACACAGAGGGGAAGAGACGCCUUCACACCCUGGCGGUUUGUCCGACGUGGCUAGACAAAGACUGGAUGAGCACAGAAAGAGCCGUGACAGGCAAAGAGAGGACAUAACCGCAACCCAAGAACGAAAAUAUGACGGUCCUAAGGGUCUUGGAGAUUUCCAACGACGAUCAAAUAGAGACGACCGGAUGUGGGGUGAUAAACGAGAUCGUGGCCAGCGGGACGGGCGGAGCUGGGACUCGACGCCCCGGAGCGAGAGAGGUGGCCGCGACCGUGAUCGUGAUGCCCCGAGCAUAAGAGUGCCCAAUGUCAGCUGGGAAUCGACACCGAGGAGAGGCGGCGACAACGAUAGUUCUGGUUGGGGGGGAGCCAAGAAUCGUGCAUGGGACGCACCUACGCCCAGGGUUCUAAGAGGAGCGAGUCCGGAGGAAGAUGGCUUGCUAGGUGUAGAUAUGAGGGAGUGGGAAGAGGAACAGCUAAGGCUCGAUCGAGAUUGGUACAGUGGCGCGGAAGAGGGCUUUGUGGCUGGCGAUGAGGAACGGAAUCCACUCGCUCAGUAUGAGGACAUGAAUCCGCUCAGGUCAGAACCCGCAGCCAAACCAAUGAAGAGAAUAUCCGCCAGACAGGCCCAAUAUAACGCCGACAACGACUUGUGGGAAGCUAAUCGCAUGCUGACCUCCGGUGUCGCCACUCGAAAAGAAGUAGACCUUAACUUUGAAGACGAGUCAGAAUCUGCUGUCCAUGUUAUGGUUCACGACCUUAAGCCACCAUUCCUCGAUGGCAAGACCAUCUUCACCAAGCAACUUGAGCCGAUUAAUCCUAUCAGAGACCCCUCAAGUGAUAUGGCAGUUUUUUCCAAGAAGGGUAGUGCUCUCGUGAAGGAAAAACGCGAACAGGCAGAGAGAGCCAAAGCAGCCGCAAAGCUUGCUUCACUGGAAGGGACUUCUCUCGGUAAUAUAAUGGGCGUAGAAGAUACGGAAGCAGCAGCUGAAGCCGCAGCCCAGAAAGCUGCAGCUUCAGGUCAGAAGGAGGACUACAAGGGUGACUCUAAGUUUGCAGGCCAUCUGAAAACAUCUACUGGAGUCAGCUCGUUUGCGAAAAGUAGGACGCUAAAGGAACAGAGAGAAUAUCUUCCUGCUUUCGCUUGUCGUGAAGACUUGUUGCGGGUUAUCCGGGACAAUCAAGUGGUCGUCGUCGUGGGUGAAACUGGUUCAGGCAAGACAACGCAAUUAGCGCAAUUCCUGUACGAAGACGGUUAUUGCGCGCACGGCAUCAUUGGAUGCACACAACCUCGUCGUGUCGCUGCCAUGUCGGUCGCCAAGCGUGUCUCCGAAGAGAUGGAGUGCAAGUUGGGUGGUCUCGUUGGGUAUGCUAUUCGGUUCGAAGAUUGCACUUCGGCAGAAACAAAGAUCAAAUAUAUGACAGAUGGUGUCCUACAACGAGAGUCUCUGAACGAAGGCGAUCUUGACCGCUACAGUGUCAUCAUCCUUGAUGAAGCUCAUGAACGGUCGCUCAGCACUGAUGUUCUCAUGGGUUUGCUCAAGAAAAUCCUUUCCCGGAGACGGGAUCUCAAACUUAUUGUCACUUCUGCGACGAUGAACGCUGAGAAGUUCUCCGCAUUCUAUGGUAAUUCCCCAACUUACACGAUCCCUGGCCGUACCUUUCCCGUUGAGAUCUUUCACUCUAAAUCCCCCUGUGAUGACUACGUCGAUGCUGCAGUUAAGCAGGUCCUUCAGAUUCACCUCUCAUUGCCGCCUGGUGAUAUUCUUGUGUUUAUGACUGGACAAGAAGACAUCGAAGUUACUUGUCAAGUUGUCGAAGAGAGACUCUCUCAGCUGGACCAGCCUCCGCCUUUAGCUGUGUUACCGAUCUAUUCGCAAAUGCCGGCGGAUUUGCAGGCGCGUAUUUUUGAGCCCACGGCUGAUGGUCGACGGAAAGUCAUCGUUGCCACCAACAUUGCGGAGACCUCCCUAACAGUUGAUGGCAUUCUAUAUGUUGUGGAUGCGGGCUAUUCAAAGCUUAAGGUGUAUAAUCCCAAGGUUGGCAUGGAUUCUUUGCAAAUUACCCCUGUCAGCCAGGCGAAUGCGAAUCAACGAACUGGUCGUGCCGGCCGGACUGGUAGCGGGUACUGCUAUCGUUUGUAUACCGAAAUGGCAUACCGUAACGACAUGUUUCCGAAUACGAUACCCGAAAUUCAGCGUACCAAUUUGGCCAAUACAGUGCUGUUGCUCAAGUCUCUCGGUGUGAAGAACCUGCUAGAGUUCGAUUUCAUGGAUCCCCCACCUCAGGCGAAUAUCAUCAACUCCAUGUACCAGUUAUGGGUCCUUGGAGCACUGGACAAUGUUGGUGACUUGACUCCCAUCGGACGGAAGAUGUCAGAAUUUCCCAUGGAGCCUUCCAUGGCAAAGAUGUUAAUCGCAUCCGUUGAAUACAAGUGCUCCGCAGAGAUGCUUACUAUCGUGUCGAUGCUCUCGGUGCCUAGUGUAUUCUACAGGCCCAAGGAACGGAUGGAGGAGGCAGAUGCUGCACGAGAGAAGUUCAACGUGCCAGAAAGUGACCAUCUGACACUACUGAAUGUUUUCAAUCAGUGGAAGGGCCAUGGGUUCCGCGAUGAGUGGGCUUCGCGACAUUUCCUUCACCCUAAACUACUCAGAAAAGCCCGCGAAGUACGCGCUCAGUUGGAGGAUAUUAUGAAGUUCCAGAAGAUGGAAAUUAUCUCGGCGGGCACGGACUUCGACGUUAUCAGAAAAGCUAUCACAGCAGGUUACUUCCACCAGGCAGCACGUGUCAAGGGUAUCGGCGAGUACGUGAACAUCCGAACGGGACUCCCAACGCAUCUCCACCCUACCAGCGCCCUCUAUGGCUUGGGAUAUACCCCAACAUAUGUAAUCUAUCACGAGCUCAUCCUUACCUCCAAGGAGUACAUGACGCAGGUCACUGCCGUCGAUGCGUAUUGGCUGGCUGACCUGGGCUCCGUGUUUUACUCUGUUAGAGAGAAGAACUUCGAUGACGGUGGCAUGCGCCGCAGGACUGACCGUGAAUUUUCCAAGAGAGCGGAGCUAGAGACCCAAAUUGCAAAGCAAAGAGAAGAAACUGCCAGAAAAGAAUCGGAGCAAACCCUUGCUGCCAAGACAUCUAGUGGGUCCACGAAAAUCAUUGUGCCAGGUACGCCAAGACAUCCGGGUCUCCGCGUUGGUCAGACACCUCGACGGAGAGUGGGUAUAUGAAGACAUAGAUGUGUGUGUAUAUACGGUUGUGUACUACUUAUAGAGACGAGCAGAAACAUUUAG